AUGGUACUACAGUAUGAUGAGAGCGUUCGCAACCUGCUGUAUCGGAGAUCAUGCCAAUACACGCAGGGUGAGCGCUCUGGAGGCCACGUCGAGGAAGCCACCGACCUCGUCGAGAAGGUGAAGAGCUUCAUGAAGCGUUAUCCGAAUAGUCGGACAGCUUAUGCUUGCAGAGCUGAGGGGGGAUGCACUCCCGACGCUAUCGCUGAAGCCAUCCGCUCGACAUGUCGGCAGGCGAGACGCGACCUGUUUGAAGACUCUCUGAGCGAAUGGAGCUCAGAGUCGAAAGCAUGGUUUAUUCAACAGAUGGAGGAGGCCAAGAAGCAGAAUGUCGAGACAUACAUCCGACACCGAAGGCACCGAGGGGACCUCCUUCAUCUCCAUGACUCUCCUAGGGAUUUCCUCGAUGUUUGUUCGACAAGAAGAAAAGUUGAAAACGAAGCUUAUGGAGCUAGCCAUGGAGCUAUGGGAAGGCAGGAGAGAAUACAGCAUAGAUGGCAGAUCGUUUCGAGCCAUGCACAUGACCGGUCGUUCAAGCUUCGAGCCAAGCGAGGACCUUGGGGCAAGGGAGGGAGCCUUGCCGAGCUAUCACAGCUCUUAGCUCUUGGAGGAAUGUCGACGGCCGAGAUCGCUCAGAUCUAUCGAUUUCAGCUGCUCUCGCAAUCCCUUGCAGCCGCAGAGGUACAACCGCUUGCUGGCAUGCUCGUGCAGGGUCCUGGGCAGAGAGGUCGCAAGGGGCCGAGCCCGAAGACGUAUGUUGCUGUUGGGGCAAGCACCGGAGCUCUGCAGCAGAGAGAGCUGGAGUGGGUGCUGAGCUCGCCUUCGACGGCAAGUUGCGAGCAGACCUUGGCCUCGUUCAGAGAGAGCGAGGCGAUGGAGGGGGUGCACCUGACUCUCAUCAGCGACGACGCCAAGCUCAGAGAGACGUUUGCAGUCGAGCUCACAGCCGACACCUUCGUUCCUAGGGGAAAGAUCGCUAAGCAAAGGAGGGCACUUCGCGAGAGAGAUCAUGCGGGGCGCAGCAGCUUCAGAGUACAGAUCAAGUCGAGGUCAAGCAUGAGCACAGGCCGCUUCUCGAGGAAGGAGAUGGAAGCGCUGUGCGGAGGAGGUAACACAUCGAUCACGAGAGUCAAGCGAGCCAUGUUGGAGUUAGCAAGAAGGAUAGGCGUGACGCCGGUCAGCGUCGAGGUCGAGGAGGAUCGUGACACGCUCAGCUGGGAUGGGAGCCUGAUAGCUCUCUCCCUGGCGACCAAGGCAGAGGCUCGACGCUUGAUGGAAGACAUGCCCUUCUACUUGGAAGGGGUCCUGGAAGUCAAGCUCGAAGCGGUGGGGUUCAAGCUCAACGGGCCUCAGCAUGAGGAGGAGAGGAGCCCGAGCAGCGAGGAGCAAGCCCAAGAGUCCCAAGCCGGGCAGCAGCAAGGCGCUGGAUGGCUGGAGCUCAGCGACAUCGACAGGAUCACCAUGGAAGCAGCGUCGCCGUCAGGGCCAGUCGAUCAACAGGUCUUGCUCGACCUCUCGACGAUGCUCUUGGAGACAUCAGAGGAGGAGCUGCUAGCUGGCAAGCCGAUCUCUUUGGAGCUAGACAAGAGUGUUGGCAAGCUGCAUGACACCUUCUGCUCGCCGGGCAACGUGGAGUUCAUGACGCUCGGAGCUUGGGCAGCCACGCCGACGCUGGGAUCGAAGCGAAACAUGUUGAAAGAAAAGCUCAGAGCGUACCUCGGCGAGCAGCGCUGGACACGGGUGCAAGGGAACAAGGCAGCGAGGAGGGGCAGCGCCUUCUCUCCAAGGGCAGCAGCGACUGAUGCGCUCGAGCAGGAGGCUGAGAGCGAUGACAUCGAGAGUCGAUCUGUCAGCCUCUUGUUUCUUGCGAUCAGUAAAUUUGCUGAGCACCAAGGCCUGAAAUGCACGGGCAAGGUCGACAAGCAAGACCGACUGCGGCUGAUGAUGAGGGAGGAAGUCGACAUGGAGGCUGAGGAGGGCGAGGGCAUGGAGGAGGAGGCCGGUGCAGGCCCCUCGCGCGCUUGA